AUGGGAGUGAAGUUGGUUCCAGCAAUGAGUGAAAGCAAGAAGAAGGAGAAAAAGGAUAAGGAGCGGGAGAAUGCAAAGGAAAAGCAUGCGCUGUUGAAUUCGGGGAGCGUGGCUGACAAGAUGAUGAGGAAACGACAGUCUCUUCCUAUUGUCAGGAGCAAAGAGUCUGUGACAAGAGAAGCCAGGUUGAAGAAUCGGUCAUUGCCCAGCUCGCCCAGACAUCGGACGUUGGUUACCAGCAGUAGUCCUGCAGUCCCUCUGGUGCCCCCGACAACAGGCAGCAACACCGCAGUGAGGAAGUCAAAAGCCAGAGGCGAGAACCGAAAGGUGAAGGAAAACCGCCUGAAAGGGAAAGAGGAAAAGGACGAGGAGCCAAAGGAAGGUUCCAGACCUUCGUCAGCCAGCGGCCUAAAAACAAAGGAGAUCCCUGUCGAGACUCCUGAGCCAGCUCAUGGUUCACCUGCUAAAGCAGUUGCAGGAACCACAGACCCUGAGGAAGCCAUGAGAGUCCUCGCAGAGAAACGACGAAUGGCAAGAGAACAGCGGGAGCGGGAGGAGCAGGAGAGAAAGGAACAGGAGGAGAAGAUGAGGCAGAUGAAGGAGGAAAUUGCCCGCAGAAAGGCCGAGGAGAGAGCCCAGCGCAUGGCUGAGGCUCUUCGCCUUGAAGAGGAACGUCAGAAACGUGAAGAAGAGCAGCGUCUCGAGGAAGAGGAGUGUCAGCGGAAAGUGGCUGAAGCUGAGCGGGAGGAAACGGACCGCCUACAGAAACAGAGAGAAGAGGCAGAGGCUCGAGCACGUGAGGAGGCAGAGAAACAAAGACUGGAACGAGAGAGACACUUCCAGAAGGAAGAGCAGGAACGGUCAGAAAGAAGGAAGCGCCUGGAACAGAUUAUGAAAAGGACCAGGAGAUCAGAUUGUCUGGAUAAGAAAGAUGACAAAAAGUCAACCGCUGAUGGGGAGCCAGACGAUAAGGAGACGAAGGCAGAGACAAAGGGUAAGAUGGGAAGGGUCAGCAAUGGGAAAAGAUGAGAAUACUAACCUCCU